UUACCUUGCCUACAGGUGAGUCUCCCUGGGGAGAGCAUCCCACAAACGAGAAGCUACUACAGAAAAGCCCCAUUCUCAUGUUGCCAUCCUCAGAACCUCCCCUUUAUGUUGCUUUCGUCACUUGUAAAAUGUGGUGAUCUCUCCAUCAUUCCUGACGCCUUAGGAUGGAGCAUACUCGGAGUCUGAAUGUCUGAGCAGCAGGAGCUGGUCCCCUCUCCAAGGCUAAUGGGGGCUGAACCUUGUGGGGCUGCCCCCGCCAAGAAACCCUAAACCAUUCCCUUCCUCUCCAGAUCAACGGUUGCCCAGGACUGUGGGGAUUGAUUCCUCCCUAUUUCCAGGGAUAUUUUCUGCAGCAGCUGAGCUCCCACAGCACCACCAUGGUGAAAGAACCGGUCCGCAUCGUACCCUUGUGGAGGGAACUCCAAGGCCAGCUUUACCACAAGCUUCAGAUGGGCGCGCAGGAGGUGACAGAAGGAUCCAACAUCAUGCUGAGCGACAGGCCCACCAUCAUCUUCCGGAAGAGCAGCGCCCCCAACUUCAUGCCGGUCAUCUGCCACUAUUCGGGGGAGGCAGGACACUACUUUGCAUCCUUCAGCCGGAAGUCCUCCAAGAAGGGCAAGGUUCGAGUCUGGGUGUACAACCCAGAGGACGAGACCCCCAUGUCAGAGAAAGAGUACGCCAUAGAGGAAGACCCAAAGGUCCUGUACAUCUCCUAUGUUUCCCACCUGCACCUCUUUGUGACCUACUGUGAUGACAUCCACCUGCGGCUUUUUGGUGACCACACUCAGGAAUGCAAGAUGCUCUCCGAGGUAAAAUCGCCCUAUUCGGUCACCAGCAUGUGCUACAACCCUGAGACAGGUGAAGUGGUGACAGGUGCCAUUGGCAUUGUGGCCUUUUGGGGCUUUACCCCAGGGAAGGUUCCCUACCUUGCUGUGGCGCGGGAGGUGCAGAUCUCAAGUGGCGAAUUUGUGCACUACCUCAGCUUGGAGCAGGAGCGGAAAGUGCUGGUGGCCUUGUGCGAGAACAUCAUCCGCGUGUACGACUACCAUACCAAGACCCAGACCCGGGCCUUCCAGGUGAGCCAAGGUGUGUCGCUCACUUGCUGCUCCUCCUACUGGCCUCAGAGCUUCCUCUUCACUGGGGACCUCGCUGGGGACAUCAAGGUGUGGAACUUUGACAAAGGGACUCAAUCCACCCAGUUCAAGGCCCACCAGAGCGCCAUCACCACCAUCACCACCCGGCACUCAUUCCACACCAUCAUGACCACAUCGCUGGACGGGUUGCUAAAGGAAUGGAACCUGACCACCUGUGAGCUCCUCCGGCGGCUGGACAUUGGGGAGCAGCUCUUCCAGAUGCAGUUCCUCAACGAGCAGACCUUUUUCCUCUGCACCCUGUACACCUUCUCCAUCCGCACCGUCCACAACUUCUGCCAGCUCUUCAGCAGAACCAAGUCCAUCCUCACGAAGCUACUGCGGGUUCAGUGUGGACCAAACAAGGCUCGCAUCCUGGCAGCCACAGAAGACGGGGUCAUCCGAUUCCUAUCCCCCGUCACGGGGGAAAUGCUGUUUGUCACCUGGCCCUUCCAAGUACUGGAAAAGGCCCUGGACUACGUUUAUGACCCGGACAGAGAGGAGCUUCUGGUGACCAUGGGCACAAACGACAUCUACGUGCUGGACACCACCAAGAACCCUUGUCCAGUCAAGCACAUCUUGCGUGUCACGGAGGGCCUGGAUGACAGGGUGCUGUGCCUGGCCUACAGCCGGCUGGACCUGGAAGGCCGCACCUGCAGCUUCAUCUUCAGCGGGUACAAGAGCGGAAAGGUGCGCACCAUCACCCAGAACUUGUAUCGGAUGGGGAACCGCAAAUUGCACGACGGCAAGGUAGUGGCCCUCAGCAGCAUCUCAGCCUCAGGGAACCUGUCCUACCACUCGCGGGAGUCUUCCUACCUGUGCUCCUACGGCCAGGACCAGUACAUCAUCCUCUCCGAUGUUCUCUUGAAGAAGGACAACUUCCUAGAGGUGUUACCUUUGGUGGUCAUCCCAAGCUUCAACUGCCGCAUCAACAACCUCCUGCUCAUCCCCGGCUACAUCUGCGCCCUGACAGAGCACAACCGGGUCCGGCUGUGGCGCCAGGCGUCCCUGGUCCCUGGCCAGAAGAACCGCUUCUGGAAGGAGACUGGCGCCCUGCACGCCACCACCAUCACUUCCUUUGACUACUGCCACACCCUCAGCAUGCUGGUGACCAGCGGCUCUGAUGGCACCGUGCGCGUCUGGGACAUCCUGGGGCAGAUGCUGGUGGAGUUUGAUACGAGCCUCAAAUUCAGCCGAGUCUGCUUUGCCAACCAGCGGGGAGACCUGGUUGUGGGCUGCAACAUGAAUAUCUACUUCAUCCCAUGCGUCUUGUACUUGCCCAGAGAUCACCUCUACAUGCUGAUGUCCCGGUGUGUGAAGGACGACAUGAUUGAGCGCCCCUUGCCCUUUCUGCCUCACUUCCUCCUCACCUUCGACAUAGUCUUUGUGCCUAAGUAUCGCCAGGUAGGGAGGCUGGCCAAGAAGUACGAGCGGCUGGAGCCCAUCUCCAACCCCAAAGAGGUGGUGAUGGAGAACAACGUGGCCACCGUCUUGCAUUUCAUCGGCAAGGAGGCGAGUGCCCUCCCUGGGCCAGAUUUCUACGGGGCAGCACCGUACAUCAAGGAGGUGCAGUCAGAGUUCUUCGUGAAGUACCAGCUCCUCCCGCAGCAGGGUGCCAAGGCAACCCUGGAGAAGAAGACGCUUCCAGCCGAGCUUCCGCCAGCGCCACCGCCGUCCCGUGUGCUUCCACCGCUGGUCGAGCCCAUCCCCGUCCUCAGCAGAAUACCCUUCCAAGCCGGGCGCACGUGGCCUAUCGCCCCCGACGGCUACGUCCCCAAUUCGGUUAUCCGGGCCCAGCUGUUCCCGAAGGGGACGCCCAAGGCCCUGCAGUGCAGCUUGGACCUGAGCAGGCAGCCCUUACCCAGGCGCAAGAUGGUCAAGAUCCUGCUGCCGGAGACGGACGAGCCCGAAGCCGUAGACAAAAUCCGGAGGAAAAAGCCGCAGAGGCGGCGGCCCUCCGUGGCCUUCUCAGGGUUCAUGCGCUCCCGGGACCUGCUGUCCGAGAUCGUGUCGAAGCCCUGGCUGCGGCACAAGCCCAGUGACAACAGCUUGCCCUCCGUCACGAAGGCCAUCCUGGACCUCAUGGACGACGUGCCCUACUCCACGUACCUGAUGUGCACAGCUGCCCUCGUCCAGCUGGCCGAGUCCUACCCGCUGCCAGACAAGGUCCAAGAAGAUGCCUUCGAGCGACUCAUCCAGGACACCACUCACAAGGAGGUGAGGAUGAGGCUGGCAGCCUGGGAGGCCUUAGGGAAGAUGGACCUGCUGAGUGAACAGGAAGUGGUUCCCCUGGCCCGAGCCCUGCUGGACGAGAACAAGAAAGUGCGUGACCUGGCCCGGUCGCUGCUGGACUCUGUGGCUGGCAUCACGGACAAAUUUGUCUUGAAGAAGGAGAUGCAGCGGAUGGCGGAUUCCAGCCUGAUAGACUUGUCUUCAUUUGGUCGCGAUCAAAGCGCCUUCCCUCGCAGAGUGCGGGCCGCUGGCAUCAUGGCAGAGACAGCGGAUGAAGCUAAGGUCGCUCUGACAGAAGGAGCACAGAAGCUGAUGACUCGGGUUGAGAACCAGCUAACAGCCAAUCUGUUCUUGAUGAACGAGAUCCCACCCAAAGUAGUCCGCGACCGCCGCUCAACCAUUUCCCGUCUUAGGUCACCAUCCCGGGGAACAUCUGUAGACUUUACCACCCCCGAAACCCUUCCCGUUGGACAGGCGCGGUGGCUGGGAAUCUUUGGCAAGCCUGAGAGGAGAGCUGCUCCUGCUGCUGCCCCUUUUGCCCCUGAAAGAGGCAAGUACAAAUCCCUGCCUAGAGAGGGCAUCUUGAAGCGUUGUUGCUGGGAGGAGAGCCAUUCCCAGGCUGGCCACCAUCCUCUGGGGCUAUCACCUGCUUAGGCUCCCUGGUAGGUCAGGCUGUCCUGACUUGGACUGGCAACCUGUGGUCAGUGUCCAAUGAAGUGGGUUUGUCUCCCUUUUCACUUGCACAAGCAGCCUUGAAUCCC